AUGAAGACAUGCUACUAUGAGCUGCUGGGUGUGGAUUCGGGUGCUUCGGAUACGGACCUGAAAAAGGCGUAUCGCAGAAAGGCGCUGCAAUAUCACCCUGACAAGAACAUCGGAAAUGUUCAGCAAGCAACAGAGAUAUUCGCUUCUAUAAGGGCAGCAUAUGAGGUGUUGUCAGAUGCGCAGGAACGUGCAUGGUACGAUGCGCACCGCGAGCAAAUCCUGAAUGAUGACUUUGAAAACGAUGAAGAGGACUAUACUGUUGAUUCGGCAGUUACUGGUGUCACAACAGAGGAGAUUCUGCACUUUUUUAAUUCUGGACUUUAUACAAGGAUAGAUGAUACACCUGCUGGACUUUAUCAGAUUGCAGGCAAGGUGUUUGCCAAGUUGGCCAAGGAUGAGUUAAUCUGCGGUCGUCGCCAGGGAUUGGCUGAAUACUCUGCCUUAAAUGACGAUCAAUUCGAAAAAGACAUCAUAGAGCUAGGAUAUGUGCAGGCUUGCGAAAAGUACCAAUAUCCUGAUCAAACUGUAUUUCCCGUAUUUGGGUAUUCUGCGACCUCCUACGAGGAUCUCCGUGCAUUUUACAAAGCAUGGGGCAGCUUUAAUACAGUCAAAAGCUUCAGCUGGGAAGACGAAUAUAUGUACUCACGGAACUACGACCGCAGGACUAAGCGUGAGAUUAACAAGCGUAACGAAAAGAAACGCACACAAGCUAAGAAUGAGUACAACAAAACGGUCCGGCGUUUUGUAACGUUUAUCAAAAAAUUCGACCGUCGCAUGAAAGAGGGCGCGAAGCGUGCUGAAGCCGAGAAGAAACGCAAACUUCAGGAAACACUCCGCAAACAAAUAGAGAAAGAUCGCCUUGCAAACGAGCAGUCGACUGGGCAAUUCAAGCUCCAGAGUUGGCAAACCGUGGACCAGCAGUGUUUGGACGACCUCGAGAAACAUUUUGCGGGCUCCGAAUCUGAAUUGAAGUCCGCCGACGAAGAAGUGACUGUGCUCAUCUACGAUUGCUUUGUCUGCAACAAGAAUUUUAAGUCCGAGCGCCAGCUGCAGAAUCACAACAAUACCAGAUCCCACAGAAAAGCGGUGCGCCAAAUCCAAUGGGAGAUGAAGAAGGACAGCCUCGAGUUGGGCCUCGAUGAGAUCUCCGACCUGGAAGAGUUUGACUCGGCAUACGAGGACGCUAUGUCCUCAGGACCCUUGCAGGCGGCCCCGGCAAGCGACCUCGCGGACAUCAUGGCGGAACUGGCCGAAAUUGAGCAGCAGCUGCAGCAGCCCGCCUCUCCUUCUGCACAGCCUUGCUUCGAAAUUGAUGACCAGGUUGAAUCAGGUGAGCCUUCGGUCGCUGGAGAUACCGAGGAGCCCGCUGUAAAGCAUACAGACCCAGAGCUUGACAGGCUGUUGGCGUCUCUGGUCGCUGACGAGCAGAGCGACGAUUGGGAUGCAUUGCCCAACAAGAGAAGCAGGAAAAAGCAGACGAAGUCUGCGAAGCGCGCAUCGGCAACACAGACAGCCUCCAGACCCUUCACUGCCGCUGGCCACCGCUGCGCUUCCUGCAGCCAGUCGUUCGAGAGCCGCAACAAGCUUUUCCAGCAUGUACAGUCAUUGGGACACGGUGCGCCCCCACAGAAAGUAAAAAAACAACAAAGAAAGGCAUGA